CAGCCUGGCGCCGCCGCCCGCCUCAGCCCAACAUGGCGAUGCACAACAAGGCAGCACCGCCGCAGAUCCCCGACACCCGGCGGGAGCUGGCGGAGCUCGUGAAGCGGAAGCAGGAGCUGGCGGAAACAUUGGCAAACUUGGAGAGACAGAUCUAUGCUUUUGAAGGAAGCUACCUGGAAGAUACUCAGAUGUAUGGCAAUAUUAUUCGUGGCUGGGAUCGGUAUCUGACCAACCAAAAAAACUCCAAUAGCAAAAACGAUCGAAGGAACCGGAAGUUUAAGGAAGCUGAGCGCCUCUUCAGUAAAUCCUCAGUUACAUCAGCAGCUGCAGUAAGUGCAUUGGCAGGAGUUCAGGACCAGCUCAUUGAAAAGAGGGAGCCGGGAAGUGGGACAGAGAGUGAUACUUCUCCAGACUUCCACAACCAGGAAAAUGAGCCCAGCCAGGAGGACCCUGAGGAUCUGGAUGGAUCUGUGCAGGGAGUGAAACCUCAGAAGGCUGCUUCUUCUACUUCCUCAGGGAGUCAUCACAGCAGCCAUAAAAAACGAAAGAAUAAAAACCGGCACAGGAUUGAUCUGAAGUUAAACAAAAAACCACGAGCUGACUAUUAGAAGAUUCAUUAGUGCAGAAGCUUCCAGGCUAUAGAGCCCUGCUUCCCUUCUCUGACCUCACAAAGAUAAACAUCCCUCACCUGAGUGUGUGGCCAUCCACCUCUGCUUUCCCAAACCCAGUGCCUGUGACUGAGUAGUUUGUUCUGAAAUGUGGUGACAGACAGGUCAUUUCCAUAAGACCACAUUGGAUCAUUUUACCUUGUGUCAUUUUUAGUAACACAACUGCAGGAAGACCAAGACAUGGUUAAAAUCCCAACAAGUUGCUAACUGUGCAUUUCUCCCUUCCUGGAAUGAAUGUCUCCUCCCAAACUGGCUGGCACCAGCUUCGUCUCUGAUACCCAUCAAGAAAUGUUCUCUGGUUUUGUUUUAUGCUGAAAGUAGAACCAAGGGUCACAUUUCAGAGGGAGGCUGUAAAUAUCUGGCAUUUUCUUAUUUUGUUUGUGUUUUAUUAUUUUUCUAUUGUUGCUUUUACCAUCUUUCUUUCUUUGGGGACUUUUUGUAAUGCCAUUGUAUGUACAGCUCUUACCUUCCUGCUGGCUAUCUGAUGAUCUGUUUCGUGCAUUUGCCAAUAUUCUUAACUGAAAGUAAUUUAGUUUACCGUAAAUAAAAUGGGUAACUUGGCUCUUUGUUUUUUUUACAGAGGGAAGGUAAAGAGUGUUUAUUUAAUAAUUACCUAAUCUGAAAUCUGAGUUAGAAGCAGUUUCAUGUUCUAGGAACAGGAAAAGCUGAACAAUAGAAGUUUGAAUCAAUCCUUUUAAAAUAGAUAUUUUUAUUCUUUUGUACAAAUAAAAUUUCACAGGCUUUCAUUUCUCAUGCUUUACUUUUAAACCCAAGAUUUUUUUUUUUUAGUUAUUUUUAUUUAUUCGUAUCAUGCCUUAUGGAAAUUUCAUCCUUUUUCCAUCUUUUCUCUCUUUGCUGGGAUUUGCCUGACUAAAUGUUGCUCUAA